AUGGGGCAAAACCUCAAGGCGGGACUGGCGUCGCACGAGCUCGGAAUUGCAAACUUCGGGCAAAGCGAUCGACGUUUCGACAGCGCUGAGAAUCAAAAGUUUGGUCGCUCUGUGAAGCGUGAAAAUACGCAAACAUCACACUUCAUGGUGAAGCAAUUCUGCAAACGCUUACGUAUGUUAGUACCGGAAUGGGACGGAGUGAUUCAAACGGUGGCAUUUUUAACACUUGCCUCUUCUCAACAAUCAACCUCCAGCAGCAUCAUGGUCAAGCUGAUAUCAGCCAUCGUCACGGCAAUGGCUGCAGUAGUGGUUAUCGCCCAAGACGCUUCCGAGUCGCGGUCUCUAGUGACCACGCACUCUGCGGGCGAUGAGCCGUCCCCACCCCACGAUUUCAGCCGGGACUUCGCUCCACCUGCCGGUAGUAAACAAGGUGAUAACCCCCACGGAGGACACCACCACCACCCACCUCAUUAUGCAGGAAGUGGUGAUCAACAAUUCAAUGGAAGCGACGAUGGCGGUCUACGCCGGAACAGCAGUGGAAGCUUUGGGGGUCGCUUCCCUCAUCCUCCAAAAGUCGGUGAAAUGCCGGGUCAUGGUGCGUUCCACAAGGAUAACGACACCGCUUUUGGCCACGAUGGCCAUCUUCGUGGUAACGGCAUGCCCAAAGAUAAAUUGGCGGGGAGAGACCUACACAACAAAACUUCAGGACACCACCACCCCGGCACGCCACCUCGUGGCAGUGAUGCUGGAUCGAGACAUGAUAAUGGUAGUGGUGGCUGGCAAUUUCCUCCUCCGCCGAAUGCCGGAGAAAAGCCUUCGACCCCACGCAACGGAAAGCCACCGAAAAAUGAGGGCACACCAGGUGACUACCCUCCACCAGGCACCAAUUCUGGAAGCGAAUAA